GUUCUUAUAAGCUUGACUACUUAUCCAUACUUUUUGUGGCAUUCAAAAUGAACGAAAUUUCCAAUUUUCGUUGAUUAUAUUUUUUCUUGUUCUAUUUUUUUCUAAAGCCGGGACACAUACACAUAAUAGUAAACUAAAAAAGAAGAUGGUAGCUUGUGGAUAUAUAGAAGGAAACAGAGGGGCCAUAGGACAGAGCCUUGGGGCACUCCAGAGGUAACUGGAACUUCUGAUAAGCAGUCACUAUCCACAACUAUUGUCUGUACUGUCUGUCUACGGCCAAUAAGGAAGGGCUGUAUCCAGUUUAGAAUUUAAGGACAAACACCAUGUUCUUGAAGGUGAACACGAAGCCUAAUUCAACGGUUACUAUGGAAGUGACACCUUAUGAGGUAAUUCCGGAGUGCUAUCCUCGGUUCAAGAAUGCCGACAAACGCAUAUGUGACAUUACCGAUAGGACAAACAAGCUUUUAUUAGACACAUUUGUACCAACUCUGGUCCGGAAGACUUUUCCAAAACGAAACAUUUGUCACAAUGUUAAACUUUAUCUGUGUAAAAUGGAAGAAGACAAGAUGAAUCUGAAUGUAGAAAACUUUGUUAUGAAAAAUGAAAGCUACACCACUAAACAAACUCACAAAUAUAGAAAUGCUGGACAGUUUCUCACUGAAAAUAGAAAUUCCUUUGACUCGACCACAGUCUUAGUUUUUCAAGCAUGCCAGGAUCUGGGUCAUGAACUCGAGAAAUUUCUACAACCAGGACCGUCCGUCAUCAUUGUUACAUGUUUAAAAGAAGGGCAAGACGCGGAAAAUCAAUACGACCAUCUAAACUGCAAGACAGUGCCAUCAGAAGAAAACAUUGCUGAAGUGAUAGGCUCUUUGCUAGAACAAAUGGCGUUCAAACCAAUGAAAGAAAUGUUCGAAUACAUCAGAGGUCUGUGUUAUGAAAAUCACAGCAGUAGUAUUGUCACUAAACUAGAUCGUAGUGAACCUGAACAAAUGCUAGAUACGAAUGGAUCCUUGUGUAAUGAAGGAAAAUUGGCAAAACUUUUAAGUUCUACGAAUGAUUCGCACAAUAAAAAAAGAAAAUUGGAAACAAGCACUGAAAAAGGAACGUGUACCACCCCCAGACAAGAAGUGAAUGGAUUUGCAAGACAGUGCAAUGAAAUUGAAGAGAAUGAAGUGGCAAAACAGGAAGCAAAACUAUUAGGUUCUACGAAUGAUUCGCACAAUAAAAAAAGAAAACUGGAAACAAGCACUGAAAAAGGAACGUGUACCACCCCCAGACAAGAAGUGAAUGGAUUUGCAAGACAGUGCAAUGAAAUUGAAGAGAAUGAAGUGGCAAAACAGGAAGCAAAACUAUUAGGUUCUACGAAUGAUUCGCACAAUAAAAAAAGAAAACUGGAAACAAGCACUGAAAAAGGAACGUGUACCACCCCCAGACAAGAAGUGAAUGGGUUUGAAAGACAGUGCAAUGAAAUUGAAGAGAAUGAAAUGGCAAAACAGGAAGUAUCAAAACCAUCAAGUCCUACGAAUGACUCGCACAAUGAAGAAAGAAAAUUGCAAACAUGCACUGAAACAGGAACGUGUGCCUCUUCCAGUGACGACAGUCGAAAAUUAAAUGGGCUUGUCAGAGAGUGCAAUGAAAUUGAAGAGAAUGAAAUUGCAAAACAGGAAGUAUCAAAAAUAUCAAGUUCUAUGAAUGACCCGCACAAUGGAAAAAGAAGAUUGCAGACAAGCAGUGAAACAGGAACGUGUACCUCUUCCAGUGACGGCAGUCGAAAAUUGAAUGGACUUGUCAGAGUGUGCAAUGAAAUUGAAGAGAAUGAAAUUGCAAAACGGGAAGUAUCAAAACCAUCAAGUUCUACGAAUGACUCGCACAACGAAGAAAGAAAAUUGCAAACAUGCACUGAAACAGGAACGUGUGCCUCUUCCAGUGACGACAGUCGAAAAUUAAAUGGACUUGUCAGAGAGUGCAAUGAAAUUGAAGAGAAUGAAAUGGCAAAAGAGGAAGUAUCAAAACUAUCAAGUUCUACGAAUGACUCGCGUAAUGAAGAAAGAAAAUUGAAAACAUGCACUGAAACAGGAACGUGUGCCUCUUCCAAUGACGACAGUCGAAAAUCAAAUGGACUUGUCAGAGAGAGCAAUGAAAUUAAAGAGAAUGAAAUUGCAAAACGGGAAGGACUUGUCAGAGAGUGCAAUGAAAUUGAGGAGAAUGAUAUGGCAAAACAGGAAGACGAAAAGUCAAAUAGAAAAUUUCGAGAAAGCAAAGAAGAUUUUCAACGUUUAUUAGGGGAAAUGAUUGGAAUGUAUAGAAGAAGCAGACUUCCUGAAACUUUAAAACCACAUCUAGAUGGCCCAUGGGGAAAAGAAAGUGAUCAGGUUAUAAGGAGUUUGUACCGAUUAAGCCCGUCAGUUAGAGGGUACAGUUACAAGUUUAUCACAAGACUACAAAUCCACGUUUUUGGCAAUGAUAUUGAAAAGCUGAGACCGAAAAUUGCAGAAAUACUUAACAACCAUGGGAUUAAAUCAGACUCUUAUGAUGUCGUCCCACCGCUUGAUGAUGUCAAGCAAUUUAGCAAAAUACUUUCCGGGUCGAGGGUGGAAGUGGAUGAAAGCAAGCACUUUGGCAGUUUAACAAGUUUUGUGAAAAUGACACCAAAGACACAGAAAACGAAAACGUACUGUUCACUUGCAUCAAAACAUCUGCUUCAAGGACAAAAAACGCUUGAUAUUUUGAGCAAAGAACGAACUUUAAAAGCUGAUGUUAUUGAAAAAACGGCUCCUCUUGGUGACUUGAAUAUGCUGUUUGAUAUUGCUGCAGCCAGAAUUAAGAAGGAAGAUGAAUUGCACUGUGACGGUAGAUUCAAAACAGAGAAUGGAACGUUAAUGAAGGGCAAGAUGAAUAAAGAUGAUUCAAUUGAUUGUCUACACGUGCACAUGUAUGGGGCUGAAACACCAUUUAGUCGUGGAAUCAUCGCUACCACACAAUAUAUUAACAUACACUCUUCUGUAAAUGGAGAAGAGUCGCAACCAGAAGCCGUGGAAGACGAUAUAAAUGAGGUUAAUAGAUUUAUAUAUGUUCAAAGUAGAGACAAAACCAAGCCAUUUUGUAAACAAGGUGACAGUGGAGCUAUGGUAUGUGCCGACCACGAAGAAGAUAAUCAUGUUGAAUUGAUUUCAAGUGUGAUUGGAGGACCUUUAAUUGUUAAAAACAAAGAUGGGAAAAACAUGAUUACCGAUUCUUACCAAACCCUUAGGCUAAGAAGUGGCGUUGAUUAUUUAGAAAAGUUAACUCAAAGUGACAUUGAAUUUUUUGAUUCAUAAAGUCAAAGAAGUAAAUGUGCUCGAAAAAUGACCUGUUAUUUUGACAAAAUGUAGUUAUGAACUCAAUAUUUUAAUCGCACGCUCAUAAUUAUAUUUAUAACAGAUUUUAUUUCAAAAUCUUCUUGAAGAUCUAUAUUGUAUUUUUAUCAGUUAUGAUCAAAUUAAGAGUUCUUAUACAUUUCUUACCUAUAUUUAAAUUCAUACAUUCUUGCUUCAGUUUAAUGAACCUUUUUCCAUAUCUAAAAUUGCGGUAUGUUUGUCGAAAACAACAACAAAAACAAAAAUAUAACAACGACAAGGAGAAAUAAAAACACAAAAACAGGUUUGGUUAAUAAUAACAGUUCUUUCCUCUUAAAAUAUAUAGCUUUCCAUAUUAGAAGGGUCAACAUGAUUUAGUUAACGAUUAUUUUUGUUUUAAAAAAUCAGUAGUUAUUGUUCGUUUUAGUGUUAUUUGACAGGCUAAUCAUUUCGGUUGUUAAUUGUCAAGAAUUAUGUUUAAUUUCAUAAUCGACUAUACACAUAACUUACAUUACAUAUGUAAAUUAUAACAUUUUUCAGGGUGAUUGACAUGUUUAAUUGUAUUUUAAGAAUUAAGUUCAUGUACACAAUUUUGAGAAGAAAAGAAAAAUAUUUUUAUGAUACUUAUACAGUUAAGACAGAAAAAAAGUGUAACGACUGGAAUUAAACAUAUUUGCAUGUGUGUUCUUUAUAUAAUUUGUAUAAAAGCAGAUGGUAUCGUUAAAGUUACUAUAACUCAUCAUUUAAUUGUACAUUCCCACGUUUGCUAUUAGCCAUAUAUAUAUAUUGUAUACUUGGCCAAGAAUUGUAAUAUUUUAGCAGAUAUUCCAUUCUGAUUGUUCUAUAA